UUGAAGGAGCGUCAGUCUGCUCACGACUUUGGAGUACGUACCUCGGGAAGAUAAGCUAACUAGGCCUUACUUCUUUAAUUCUCCAGACAGAAUUUGGUAUUAAAGAAAACUUAUACCAAGUGUUAUGCUACUUUGGAUUAUUGCUCCAUACAUUUUUAUGGCAAAAGACACUGAAACUGUAGCACGAGUGAAACAACUAAGGAGAAUCCCUGUGGAAGAAACUUGAGUGCAGGGUUUGGCUAGUUUCACAAGCUUUACCGUCUCAGAAACACCUGCUUAGCAACAACAGAGAUGGUUGGAAUCAAUCCGAAGGACUUGGCACCCACAGCCGCUGUGAAAUGUUUUGGCGCCGGAACAGCGGCAUGCAUUGCCGACUUAGUGACAUUUCCCCUAGAUACAGCUAAAGUGAGGCUUCAGAUCCAGGGUGAGUCCCGACCGAUGGAAGGGGAGGGGGGCCUGAAGUACCGGGGCGUCUUCGGCACCAUCGCCACCAUGGUGCGCACGGAGGGGCCGCGGAGCCUGUACAGCGGCCUCGUUGCCGGGCUACAACGGCAGAUGAGCUUCGCCUCGGUCCGCAUCGGCCUCUACGACUCCAUGAAGCAGUUCUACACCCGGGGCUCUGAGAAUGUGAGCGUCGGGACCCGGCUGCUGGCCGGAUGUACUACAGGGGCCAUGGCGGUGGCGUUCGCCCAGCCUACGGAUGUGGUGAAGGUGCGCUUCCAGGCCCAAGUCCGCAUGGCCGAAGGGGCAAAGCGCUACAACAGCACCAUGGACGCCUACCGGACCAUCGCUCGGGACGAAGGUGUCAAAGGAUUGUGGAAGGGAUGCAUACCAAACAUCACACGAAAUGCUAUUGUGAACUGUGCUGAGCUGGUUACCUAUGACAUCCUCAAAGAACUAAUACUAAAAUACGAUCUCUUGACAGAUAACCUGCCGUGCCACUUCACGGCUGCAUUCGGAGCUGGUUUCUGCACUACUAUCGUGGCCUCACCAGUGGACGUGGUAAAGACCCGCUUCAUGAACUCCCCUCCAGGCCAGUACAACAGUGCUAUCAACUGUGCCCUCACCAUGCUGACUCGGGAAGGCCCGACAGCUUUCUACAAGGGGUUCGUGCCAUCAUUCCUGCGGCUGGGAUCCUGGAACAUUGUGAUGUUUGUCUCCUAUGAGCAAAUCAAGAGAGCCAUCAUGAGAGUGCAGCAGUCGUGGGAGUCACCAUCUUGAGCUGUUGCAUUAAGAAGGUGUGUGGCUUAUGAGAAACCCAACCCAAAAAGACAAGACUGCUGUAUUGAAGCCCUGUGCUGGCAGAAGAACCCUUCCCCUAUGGGAUUAAAUCUUAGUUUUGUUAACAACUAAAAUGUAAAGGAACAUGGCAGAACAAGAUAAGUCAGUGAUUGAUUUUAAAGGCCAAAGGUCAUGCUUACCAUUACUAGAGGAUGUGUUGCCAGACAAUUGCGGCAUAUUUCACUCUCUGUGCUAAAGUGCAGAAGAAAUGAUAAAUGACUGUGAGUCCAAGUACUAUUGAGAAUACAGACACUUUCCAAACAAGACAAAAAUAUACAAAUAUGUUUUCCUUUUAGAACGUGUAUAUAUUUUUCUUCUCUGUAGAGAUCAUGAUGUUUAUUGUCCUGUGUGCAUUUGUUUGCCAAGUUUCCCAGACAACAAAUGGUAAAAUAUUGUUUACAGUUAGUGCUUUAUGGUUUACAGUGCUAUGAACUUAUGAAAGCUGGGUGAAUCUUAUACAAACAUAUUUGAUGUACAUCAAAUUAUUAUUUUUACUAAUAUUAUUUACAAUUUUAUACUGCAUUUCCAUUCUUGUCAAUAAAAUCUGUAACUUUACUAUAA